AUGGAACCAAAACACCAAAAAAAUGAAACAGCAGUCUCAGAAUUUCUUCUUUGGGGACUCUCAGAAAGGCCAGAGCAUCAGAUGCUCCUCUGGGUGUUCCUCUCCAUGUACCUGAUCAGUGGGAACCUCCUCAUCAUCUUGGCCAUCAUCACAGACUCCCACUUCCACGUGCCCAUGUACUUCUUCCUCUCCAACCUGUCCCUUGUCGAUAUUUUCUUCUCUUCCACCAGUCCCAAGAUGCUGGUGAACCUUCGCACCCAGAGCCGGGCCAUCUCCUUUGUGGGCGGCCUUGCUCAGAUGUAUGCCUUCCACCUGUUCAGGACCAUGGACAGCUUCCUCCUGGCCAUGAUGGCCAUUGACCACUUUGUGGCAAUUGUCCACCCUCUACACUACUCAGUCAUCAUGAGCCCUUGUGUCUGUGGGUUGCUGUUGGGGGGGCCAUGGCUGAUCACCAGUCUCCAGUCACUCAUGCACACCUCCCUCAUGGUUCAACUGACCUUCUGUUCUGGCUCCGAAAUCCCCCACUUCUUCUGUGAUCUCAUGCCCCUGCUGAAGCUCUCCUGCUCUGACAUGCACACCAGUGAGCUGGUGGUUUUUGCUUUUGGCAUCAUCAUGGGCAUCAGUCCCCUCUCCUGCAUCCACCUCAUUUUCUGGGCAGUCUUCAAGAUCCCUUCUGCUCAGGGCAAGUGGAAAGCCUUCUCCACUUGUGGCUCGCACCUCACCACAGUGUCACUGUUCUAUGGCACCGUCUGGGCCAUGUACUUACAGCCCACAUCUGCCGCUUCCUCCCAGAAGGACAAGGCAGCUGCCCUGAUGUGUGGGGUGCUCAUCCCCAUGCUGAGCCCCUUUAUAUACAGUCUAAGGAACAAGGACAUGAAGGCAGCCCUGAGGAGGUUCAUCAGCAAAGCAGUCUCCUGUCAGUGCUAGGUCAGAAUGGUGGUUGGCAUUUACCGUGUUCCAGAACCACUGUUAGGUGGUGAGAACACAGAGAUACAUCCCAUCCGCCCUCAAGGCAUUCAGAGUUGAGUGGGGGAUAGAGAUGUGUGA